CAGAAAGGUAUUUUUGAGUUAUAUAUUAUCAUGGAUUGGUAUAUAUUUUUCUCUCUUUCUUUUAUGUUGAUCAUAUGGUUUAAUUACACAAAUAUUAAUUAUUUUUGGUUCCACAUGCAUGCAGUUCACAUUUAAUGUAAUAGUGAAGCAAGUGCUAGGUUUAACCCCAGAUGAGCCACAGACUACACAAAUUCUUGAAGAUUUCCUGACUUUCAUGAGAGGGCUCAUUUCUCUUCCUCUCCAUAUUCCUGGAACUCCAUAUGCUAGAGCUGUUAAGGCUAGAAAGAGGAUAUCUUCAACUGUGAAAGCAAUCAUAGAGGAAAGAAGAAGAAAUGCAGAUGGGAGCACUAAUUAUUGUACUAAAAGAAGUGAUUUCCUUGAGAUACUUCUGGAAGUUGAUACCAUAUCUGAAGAUGAGAAAGCGAGUUUUGUCUUGGAUUCUCCAUUGGGUGGCUAUGAAACCACCUCUCUCUUGAUGGCCAUGGUAGUUUAUUUUCUAGCCCAAUCACCAUCUGCUUUACAACGAUUAAAGGUAAUUAAUUACCCAAAAACACUUAUCUCCUCUUUCAUACAAAGCUUAAUUAAUAAGUUACAUUUGAUUAACUUUCUUUAAUAUAUCAAUUAUUUAUAAUUAAUUUCUCGUUUUUGGCUUAGACAAAAUGAUAUUAAUUUUUUA